AUGUCGGCUACAGCACAAGAGUCUACAAGAAUCUUCUCUACGUCGUCAUUAGAAAGUGCAUCUAGUAAUCGAACGCAAAAUGAUAUCCGACUCAAUUUAAAUAAUGUGCCAAACGUUGAAAAGCCAAUGUACACUGCCGUAACAACAUCAUGGGUUCAACAUCUAUUGAUAGUUUUUAUAGCAAUUCUUGUCGGCUGUCUAGUAAUAAUUCCAGCAGUGAUCCUGUUACGUACGAGCACUAUAUCAUCGUCAACAAUUACAACAACAGUUCGUACUACUACUACUACUAACUUGGGAAUCAAUGUUCCUGGGUAG